GCCUUUCCAGGUCCUUCUCCCGGUGAACCGGAUGCUCUGUCAGUCUCCUCCUCUCCGUCCUCGGCUGCUGCCCGGGUGCCUCACGACGCCGCUGCCACCCCCGAGGGCCCAGCCAGGGGGCUCCCGGAGGCUGGCCUGGCAGGUGUGGAGCGCGGUAGGAGCUGGGCGCGCACGGUUACCGCGCGUGGAGGAGACACUGCCCUGCAGCCAUGGGUGCCAGGGGCGCUCCUUCACGCCGGAGGCAGGCGGGGCGGCGGCUGCGGUACCUGCCCACCGGGAGCUUUCCUUUCCUCCUCCUCCUGCUGCUCCUCUGCAUCCAGCUCGGGGGAGGACAGAAGAAAAAAGAGAAUCUUUUAGCUGAAAAAGUAGAACAGUUGAUGGAAUGGAGUUCCAGACGCUCAAUCUUCCGAAUGAAUGGUGAUAAAUUCCGAAAAUUCAUAAAGGCACCACCUCGAAAUUAUUCUAUGAUUGUUAUGUUCACUGCUCUUCAGCCUCAGCGGCAGUGUUCUGUAUGCAGGCAAGCUAAUGAAGAAUAUCAAAUACUGGCUAACUCCUGGCGCUAUUCUUCUGCUUUCUGUAACAAACUCUUCUUCAGUAUGGUGGACUAUGAUGAGGGGACAGAUGUUUUUCAGCAGCUCAACAUGAACUCUGCUCCUACAUUCAUGCAUUUUCCUCCAAAAGGCAGACCCAAGAGAGCUGAUACGUUUGACCUUCAAAGAAUUGGAUUUGCAGCUGAACAACUUGCGAAGUGGAUUGCUGACAGAACAGAUGUUCAUAUUCGAGUUUUCAGACCACCCAACUACUCUGGCACCAUUGCUUUGGCCCUGCUAGUGUCGCUUGUUGGUGGUUUGCUGUAUUUAAGAAGGAACAACUUGGAGUUCAUCUAUAACAAGACCGGUUGGGCCAUGGUGUCUCUGUGUAUAGUCUUUGCUAUGACUUCUGGCCAGAUGUGGAACCAUAUCCGUGGACCUCCCUAUGCUCAUAAGAACCCACACAACGGACAGGUGAGCUACAUUCAUGGGAGCAGCCAGGCCCAAUUUGUCGCAGAAUCACACAUUAUUCUGGUACUGAAUAUCCUUUAA